AUGGAUAGUAUACGAGUAAUUGUUUGCGGCGAUGAAGGUGUUGGAAAAUCAAGUUUGAUAGCCUCACUUGUCAAAGAAAAGUACGUUCCGAACAUUCAGCAUGUUAUUCCUGAAUUGAUAAUACCAAGGGAUUUUUCUAAUUCUUCACAUUCCCCAAACUCAACUAUAGUGGUGGACACAUCAUCAUCGGACACAUAUACUCUUCAGUAUGAGGUCAGACAAGCUGACGUGAUCUGGCUUGUUUAUUCCGAUCAUUACACUUAUGAAAGGAUAUCUCUUUAUUGGAUACCAACUUUUAGAUCGCUUGGUGUGAACUUACCUAUAGUCCUAUGCAAUAAUAAGGUUGACAUUGAUAAAUCCAUCAAAGAAGAGACUGUUAUCAACGAAGAAUUUAUUCCCUUGUUGCGGGAGUUUAAGGAAAUAGAGGCUUGCAUAAGAUGCAGUGCCAAAGAGAAUUAUAAUGUUAUACAAGCAUUUUACUUGUGUCAGCGAGCUGUUACAUAUCCGAUUGCUCCAUUAUAUGAUUACAAGGACAGUAACUUAAAAACUUUGGCGGUGACUGCCUUAAAAAGAAUAUUUUAUUUGUGCGAUAAGGACCAGGAUGAAUUUUUGAAUGAUAAAGAAUUUCUUGAAUUACAAGAGAAGUGCUUUCACAAAACAAUGGACAUUAAUGAACUACAUUUGAUUAAAUCAACCUUAAAUACAUCGAUUCCUGGAUCUGCUGGACAGAAUGGAAUUACGGAAGAAGGCUUCCUAGCUUUAAACAAACUAUAUGUUGAGAUAGGGCGGCACGAAACAAUAUGGGGAAUAUUGAGGGCUUAUCACUAUACCGACUCUCUUUCCGUUGAUGAUAAAUGUUUACAUCCAAAAAUGGAGGUUGGUCAGAACUCUAGUGUCGAGCUUUCUCCAAAAGGAUAUCAGUUUCUUGUUGAUCUUUUUUUACUCUUUGACAAAGACAACGACGGCGGACUUAAUGAGCAAGAGCUUACGAAAUUAUUCUAUCCAACACCUGGAAUUCCAAGAUCAUGGAAAGAAUGCAAUUUUCCGAAAAGUGUGGUGUGCAACGAACAAGGAGAUAUCACUUUACAAGGAUGGCUUGCCCAAUGGUCCAUGUGUACAUUUCUCGACUAUAAGACUACGUUGGAAUAUCUUGGAUAUUUUGGAUAUAGUGACAGAGUUGAAAGUUCUGGUCGUCGGAAUGGAGAGGAGCCAACGACGACCGCACUACAUGUAACAAAACAGCGUAAAAGCAGAAAAAGAUACGGAAAAACAUAUCGUUCUACUGUUGGUGACAGAACAGUCUUCAACUGUUUCAUAAUAGGAGCAAGAGGAUGCGGGAAAACAUCAUUACUAAUAUCAUUCUUGGGAAGACAAUAUAGCAGUGCAUAUUCACCGACAAUUCAGCCAAGAUUGGUAGUCAAUAAUGUCGAACUUAAAGGUGGCAAGCAGUGCUAUUUGAUAAUUCAAGAACUGGGAGAACUAGAGGGCGCCAUAUUAGAAAAUAAAACAAAACUGGAAUCAUGCGAUGUGAUCUGUUUUGCAUAUGAUUCAUCCGAUCCCGAGUCAUUCCAAUAUUUGAUUGAUUUAAGGUCGAAAUAUCCCGAACUGGAUCAUAUUCCUGCAGUAUAUGUGGCUUUAAAAGCAGAUCUUGAUCGUCAACAGCAAAGGGCCGAUUUGCAACCUGAACCAUACACGAGGUCUCUUUACCUCGGGCCCCCGAUGCAUAUUUCAUCAGGAUGGUCAUCAUCAUUAGGCGAGCUUCUGGGACAAUUAGUGCAGGCAGCUGCAGAUCCAAAAACUGCAACACCUGGCUUAAAGCCAGAACCAGAAUCCGAAUUAAUGAUGACCCCGUUUGCUUUGGGCUGUGGUGCACUUGGAUUUAUGACUCUUAUUUCAUUGUGGUAUCUUAGAGGCACAAUUUCCAGGAAGUGA